UGGCCCUUCCGCUUAAAAAUUCCGCUACUCAUAUACGACAGGUUCCAAAAUAAUAACAGGAGCUUGAGCUGAUGACAAAGAAACAUACAAGCACACAAAUACGAUAAACCACUAGAUACACACAAAUGGCUGUGGCUUUUGCACCACCCGCUUCUCUCCGCUUUCUCUACUCUUACACCAAAUCCCUAACCAAAAGUCAUCACCUUUUCCCGCCAUUUCUCCACCGCCAUCCAACUCCUCGCCCAAGAUUCUUCUGCCCUGUGAUUUCCGCUGCUCUGCACUCUGGCGAAAGGACGAAACCGGAAUUGAUGGAAAAUUUGAAGGGCAAAAUGGGAAGUGAAGUUGGACAAUUCCGAACGAAGUUGAAGAUUGUCGAUAUAAAGGGUGGAGCUGACCAAGGUUUGGGUCGGGUCGGGCAUACGCUUGUUGUCAUGGGUUGGGUUAGGACUCUUCGGGUCCAGAGCAGCGUCACAUUCAUCGAGGUUAAUGAUGGGUCAUGUCUGUCAAAUAUGCAAUGUGUGAUGACCUCUGAAGCUGAGGGUUAUGAUCAGGUGGAAUCUGGUUGGAUCACAACUGGGGCAUCAAUAUGGAUACAAGGGACUGUGGUGGCAAGCCAAGGAUCAAAGCAAAAAGUGGAAUUGAACGUCAAGAAGAUUGUCGUGGUUGGCAAAUGCGAUCCUUCCUAUCCCAUUCAAAAGAAAAGGGCCAGCAGGGAAUUCUUGAGAACUAAAGCACAUCUUCGUCCAAGAACAAAUACAUUUGGUGCGGUUGCAAGAGUAAGGAAUGCUUUGGCCUAUGCUACACAUAAGUUUUUUCAAGAAAAUGGUUUUGUUUGGAUCUCUAGUCCUAUCAUUACAGCUUCAGAUUGUGAAGGAGCUGGUGAACAGUUUUGUGUGACUACAUUGAUUCCAAGCACCAGAGAAGCUGCUGAUUCUCCUGCCGAUUCCAUUCCAAAAACAAAGGAAGGUUUAAUAGACUGGUCACAGGAUUUUUUUGGAAAACCAGCCUUCUUGACAGUCUCAGGCCAACUUAAUGCUGAAACAUAUGCAACUGCUCUAUCAGAUGUGUAUACAUUCGGUCCCACAUUUCGAGCAGAAAAUUCUAAUACUUCUAGACACUUAGCUGAAUUUUGGAUGAUUGAACCUGAGCUUGCAUUUGCUGAUCUGAAUGAUGACAUGGCCUGUGCAACUGCCUAUCUCCAGUAUGUAGUGAGACAUAUUCUUGAUACCUGCAAGGAAGACAUGGAUUUUUUCAACACUUGGUUUGAAAAAGGGAUCAUUGAUCGAUUGAGUGCAGUGGCUGAGACAGACUUUGUUCAGUUGACUUAUACUGAUGCAGUUGAGCUCCUUCUAAGAGCAAAUAAGAACUUUAAGUUCCCGGUCAAGUGGGGAUUUGAUUUGCAGAGUGAGCAUGAACGUUAUAUAACUGAAGAGGCUUUUGGUGGAUGCCCUGUCAUAAUAAGAGACUAUCCCAAGGAGAUCAAGGCAUUUUAUAUGCGGCAGAACGAUGAUGGAAAAACUGUGGCAGCUAUGGAUAUGCUGGUUCCUCGAGUUGGGGAACUUAUUGGUGGAAGCCAGAGAGAAGAACGGCUUGAACAUCUGGAAGAUAGAUUAGAUGAAGUGAAGCUGGAUAAAGAAAACUACUGGUGGUAUCUGGAUUUGCGUCGUUAUGGGUCAGUUCCACAUGCGGGCUUUGGACUGGGAUUUGAAAGGCUUGUGCAAUUUACAACUGGAAUAGAAAAUAUAAGAGAUGCUAUACCUUUCCCUCGAUCACCAGGUUCUGCUGAAUUUUAAUUGCGAAAAUUCAUCAACUUAUGUUAUAAAAUUAUAGACAUUCCUUUUAGUUGCUUCUCUUCAUAUUCAUGGUUUUUGGUAUAAAUUCUGAGUUUCUGUUGAGGGAAGGGAUUGUAUAAUUCAAGUUGGUGUUAGCCAUUUUACCGAGACAUUCAAAAUUAUGUAGAAUUACUUCAUGUUUAUAUUCUGAAAUGAAUUUCAAUGAUGUUUUGAGAGUUUUA